AUGAGAGCUUCCCCUUGUUUCAACUGCCAACCACCAUUUCCCUCCCUCCACGCUUAUAUAAAGGAGAAGCCAGCCCUCUCUAAUUCCAUCAUCAUCUUCGCUCACUACUACUCUUCAUUGAAGACCAGUCUUCUGUUUUCUCGAGAAAAAGAAGGAAGGAAAGACAGAGAGAUUCAGUUAGCAGCAGAGUAUUUUUUUAUUCAAUCAGGAUCCAUGGAAGGAGUUCAGGCAUGGGUUUCCAAGCACAAGCUCGGCACAAUUGGAGGAAUAUGGGCAGCAGCAGUUGGAGGGUCAUUCGCUGUCAACAAUCGGUCGUCUACUCCGGCUCUGAAGCCCAGUCUUAGGCUCAUCCACGCUAGGAUGCACGCACAGGCCGUAACAUUGGCAGUGCUUUCUGGAGCAGCAAUCUACCAUCACUUUCAUGAUCAAAAUUAGGAAGCCACCGUCGAUUCAUUGGCGGGUUAAACUGGAUGAUGACGACAAUUGGAUAGGAGGGCUUAGAGUUAUAGAAUCUUUGCUCUUCUGUAUUUCUUUCCAGCACUGCUCACGCUAUGUUCUUGUGUGACGGUACACCUUCUUUCAAUAACAACAAUGGAGCCUAAUGUUUCUUUCUUCCACGACCUUGUCACUUUGUCUCCAUUUCAAUAUGUUCAUAUCAAACAUAGUUAUCAAAUGGAGG